AAAAAAGCAAAUAGAAACAAAUUAAGGGAUUAUUAGUAAUAUAGGAAAGUUAGGGUCUUAUGGAACUUUAAAAACCAAAACCAAAACCCUAACCCUAUCUUCUUCUACUUCCUCUCGGACUCAAACCCUAGCUGCGGCCACGAGAAGAAGCAAAUAUGAGUCGAGGAAGUGCAGCAGCUCCGAAAGGAGGGAAGAAGAAGGGAGCAACAUUUACAAUUGAUUGUGCUAAGCCUGUGGAAGACAAGAUUAUGGAUAUUGCAUCCCUUGAGAAGUUUCUCCAGGAGAGGAUUAAGGUUGGUGGCAAGGCAGGCGCUCUCGGUGACUCUGUCACUGUUACCCGCGAAAAGAGCAAGAUUACUGUUACAUCUGACAGUAAUUUUUCCAAGAGGUAUUUGAAAUACUUGACCAAGAAGUAUUUGAAGAAGCACAAUGUUCGCGAUUGGCUCCGGGUAAUCUCAUCAAACAAGGACCGCAAUGUUUAUGAACUGAGGUAUUUCAAUAUUGCUGAGAACGAGGGUGAGGAGGAAGAUUAAACAAACCUCUGUAAUAUUUUAUUUGUAAGAACGAACUUAAUUUCAAGUUGCCAGAUUUUCCUUUCUUUGAGAUUUCACUGAAAAUUAUUUUGGUUCACAAUUUUGUUGAUGACUGAUGAGAAUAUAAUUGCAUGUUUUCAAUCUA